ACACGCUGUUCUCCACGCGACUUGCCACGCGACCCCGAUCUGUCACACUUCUUGCCCAGCCGUGAAACAGUAUACACGCUCACCCAGAGCACGUUAACGAUCGAUCUGAGAAGGGCAGUAUGUCUACUCCUACCCCAUCCCAAUUGAACGUCCCUGGUCAAGCCAAACGGCGAAAGAAUGUCCCCAAGUUGCCAUUGGCCGUCUUUAACACUUCGCAUCCUGUUCCGGCUCCAGGAAAGACACCUCUUCCUCCAAGUCCCAGUAAGAUCCACCCAUCCGCAGUCAUUGAUUCUCGAGUGUCCAUUGAUUCGCUGGAGGAUACGAAGAAAUGGAAGGCCUCCGCGCAUGAGAAGUCGGAUUCGUUAGUUUUGUUUCUUAACUCUCCCAGCAUCGAUGGUGCCGUGGAGAUCGUUGAGCAGUUGAAAGACGCCCCCACUUUGUCCGCUCUGUCGAUAUCCAUCCCAUUCCCUCUAUUCUCUGGACGUCCAGCUGCUCCUAUCUCGUUCCCAAAUACGUCCGUUACGAGUCGAAUUACCCUCUCAGUGCAAGUGACAAACCCUGUAAUCACUCCUGCUUUUAUUGAAGGCGUGAAAUGGGCGCUUGAGCAAAAUCACAACGUGGAAUUGGAUGUUCGAUCCCUUCCUCAUAGUUCGACUAGGCGUCCAGAAGAAGAGAACCCAAAAGGCGGGUACGACUACCUUGAGGAAUUAAUUGAUAAAUCCCAAGAGGGUCUUGCAGGGGCGGCUGAUGCACCAGAUGAGGCAAUAAACCCCCAAACACCAGCCAUCAUAAUAAGUAAUCUACUUCCACCUCCGGUUGGGCGUGACGUACCCAGCCAGCAACUCGCCACGAAUCCCGGAUAUCUAGCGUAUCAAUCACACAUCGCAAGCCUCUCGCUGCAUAAGAACACAUAUUUGACCCUGUUGCCACCUGCAUGGUCGCCAGGCCUGACCGAAACUGGGUUGGUUGAUGCAAAGGAGCGGAACGACUGGAAGAGAAGAAUCAAGUUAUAUUUGGGUCCUGCAUUGGAGGCAUUCGGAGAGUAUCGUAUCUUAUAUGGGUCGUCAUCAGUCUCCGCUUCUGAUCCGAUAGCACCUUCAGCAAAAAUCAACCCCCUCGAUUGGUAUCUGUUGGCGCGCGAGGCUGUCACAGAGUUAGGGGUGGAGCAGGAAGGCGUAGACGCCAUCUUCCAUGAGAAUGCGAAGAAGGUUUUUGCAAGGGCGAUUGAUACCAGCGGCAAAUGAUCCUACAAUGUGCUUACAGCAUCAUACAUGUGCAAAUGAAUAGGAAGCAGGAGAAUCAACCAAGGCUCAGGUUGUCAGAUCAUUUCCAAGUCUAGACCGAGG